AUGUCUCACCAGCUGCCUGAUGAAAAGUGCUUUCAAAACCUCCCUCAAGAGGAGGUUAAUGAACUCGUUGAACUGCAAUCAAGGUUUAACGGUGCCUAUGACUCCAGGGAAUAUGAGACUCUGGUAAAUACCUUGGUAAACGCAUCACUGGCAAUACUUGAUGGUACCAUAUCCAGCACAAUUGAUGUCCGUAGGGCUCUCCUGCCGAUUAAAGAAGACUGCCUCAUCAUCUACUUGGAUCGAGAACUACCGCAUUGGAAGCAUCAUAUGGAGAAUACACUCAAGCACAAUGUUCUCAAUCUGUUGAGGAUGUUUUUGCGGAAAUGUCGAUUGGAUCUAUCAGUAUUCUUUCUCAUUGACAAUACCAUAAAGAAUCCUGAUAUCACCACAGCUUACCACGACUUUGUAGCACACUUUUACCUCAAGAGCCACAAAGGGUGCCGUGUAUACAACGUUUUUUACGACAAGAAAUGCAGACCGUUGAAGGAGGCCAGCGAGUCGACAGCUUCAACAACGACCAUCAUCCCAACCUCCAUUGUCCCAAAAAGAAGAGUGGUGAGUCAUAUCGAAAAUGAGCUCAAGAGGAUGAGGAGCUUCUCUGAUUUCAUACAAUCCAGAAAGAGAAUGCGGAUUUAUCAAGCAAGUAGUAGCCACAACAUGUUCAUUAUCACAACAGAAGAGCUCAAGAUUUGUGUGCCGCCAUUGGAUUCCAUCAUGAGAGGACUGGGAGGCAUCGUCAGCGUGGACUACAGAAUUAAUGUGUUUCUGGCAACUUAUCUGGGUACUCUGUCCGCAUUUAUACCCACAUUUCAAGACUUUGAAAUGGCACAAAAGGAGGGGAUGUUUGAAUCGGAUAUGCGGUAUGGCGACUUUAAGAACUUUUGCACAUCGUCGUUUGUGCAUGUGGAAGACUAUGAUGAAUAUCUCUUUAACUUUGUGGUGAGUGCCAACGAGUAUUUCUACCAGUAUUUCAACGCGUUUUGGAGGGAUUUGACAAACAAGCUGAUGUUUGAACCUGUUUCGUUUUACUUGACAUGUAUGGCCACAGUCUUUUCGCUACUUUCGCUGAUUCAAGUGCUGCAGAACGCAAAGAUCAUACCUCCGUUAUACUAA